AUGCAAAUGCACAAGGAAUUUUACAUCGGACGCAAGAACGGUGAAAACUCUCACAGUCUGGACGUGUCACCAUUCACCAGCCUCGAGCAACUCACGGGAACUCUAGCCGAGGUCUUUGCAUUUGCUGAUACGAAAUCAUUGUGGCUCGUCGACGAACAACGCAACCAUCUUUCGACUCUGAAAGAUGUGCAGGAGACCAAAGACGUUAUAGAAUUACGAGCAACACGCCAUGAAUCCAUUCGCGAGCCCCCUGGACCUCGCUCGCUGCCCUUCGUUGGCAACCGAUACGAGUUAUAUCCAGAUGUUCUCGGAAAUUAUGACCGAUUGUUCUCGCUCUAUGGCCCCAUGACGAAGACUGUCAACAUGGGAACAACCAUCUAUCACACCAAUGACCCCGAGAUCUCCCGCCAUUUGUUGCGCGAAGACAAGCUCUUCACCAAAACCACGUCCGACCCAUCACACCCACUGCACUACAUGGGUGGACAAGAAAUGCUUUUUACUUGCGACAGCGCAUCUCCUGCCUUUGCGCCGAGCCACAAAUUUGUGCCUCCAACAAUGUCGCCACGCGCUGUAGCUCACUUUAUGCCGCUGAUCCAAGAUGCCACACAAUCCAUCUUUACCGUAUUCGAUGAGUUGGCCGAGUCUGAUCUGGCGAUCAAUGUCUACCAAUAUAUGUUUAAACUUGCAUCACAGAUUAUCUGGCGCGUCGUUCUAAAUCAGGACCUGAAGCACUUCGAGACGCCGAAGACGCCGCCAUCGCUGCCUAUCCGACUGUUUGGCGAGUAUCUCUCGUUGAUGAAAAAAUUAUCACUGAAGCCGCGAUGGUUCAAGUAUCUCCCUUUUGGAGACGCUGCAAGACUGAAGAUCGUGCAACAACAGUUAUUUGACAUUUGCGAGGAAGCCAUGAGCGCCACCAUCGACAAGGAUGGCCCACCUCUGUCUCUGUCCGAUCCAACAGCCUUGCAGAGCGCCAAUUGCAUAGCCGAUUUCCUGUACCGUGCCCGUGACAAAGAUGGAGAAGGACUACCGGACGACCUAGUACUUGGCAACGUAGUGGUGAGUACUGGUGCGGGAUUCACCACCAGUUCGUCUCUACUCACCUGGGCCCUUUAUGCCCUUGUCCGGUACCCUGGAAAUCAGGAACGUCUCUUUGAGGAGAUAGUCAGCCACCGUGGUGAUACUGAUAAACGCUGGACUUAUGACGAGAUCCACAGUAUGAAAUUUCUCGAUUGCUUUAUCAAAGAAGUUCUUCGUCUCCACAGCCCCAGCUUCCAGACCGCACGUAACGCCAAACAAGACGCAAUUCUGCCAGGAGGGUACUUGAUUCCAAAGGGCUCCAUUGUCAUUGCGUGCUUUCCAAGUAUACAAAAGAACCCAGCCCACUGGGAGAAUCCUCUGCGAUUUGAUCCCGAGCGCUGGAUGAAAGAAGGCUUCGCGGCGCAGAUGGCCCGCCAGGGGUCGUACACGCCGUUUGCAGCAGGAGGUCGGGGCUGUGUGGGGUUCAAUUUGGCGCUCACACAGGUCAAGCUAGUUAUGGCAGAGUUGGUGUAUCGAUACGAAUUCGAAGACUCGUCGCCGGAGGCGGUCGUGUAUGAUCCUGAGUUCUUGGUGGUGCGGCCAUUAAACUUCUACGCCGGGAUUACGAGGCGGAAAGAGCGGCGGCCCUUGUCGCAUUGA